AUGGCGGGCUACGGUCGGGGAAGCGAGGGUGUCUGGCGUGCUCCUGGUACUGUGGCGAUGCUCAUGGCAGGCGCAAGGAUCAAGGCGAGGGCUAGGUCAGUGGAGCGGAACGGCGUCUUGGCGCGCUCUGCCGGGCACGCGUCGACGUGGCCAUGCACGCUCUGGCGACACUGGGCGGCAUGGGCACGGUCUGGUCUGGGCCAUGUCGUGCUCUCCUCGACCAAGGGCGGGUACCAGCGGUUUCAGGGGAGCAAGGGGGAGCAGAGGGACAUGGUUGGAUGUAAAUGUCAGCGGCACUCCGCGUGCCCACAUACGCCGCCCGCGAAUUUUAGUCUAAAUGGCAUAAGUGGAUUUUCACGAAUUUUAAGUGGCAUACGUGGACAGAUCCGUGAAGUCCACGAUUUCCAGCGGCUGACCGCGUUUUUUGUUUCCCUCGAAGGAAAAGAGAAAAUUCCCUAUCCCUUCGCUAUCCCGAGUCUCGGCUCGUCGCCCUCCUCCUCUGCGCCGUCACUCGCCGCCUCCUCCUCAGCGUAUCCUUCGCGCCGCCCCGACCACCUCCUCUGCGUCUCCUCCGCGCCGCCCCCGACAACCUCCUCUGCGUCGACAUGUCCUAGGUCCUCCUCCUCCUCCGCAGCAGAUGGAUCUGGCGGAGACUACCUUCCCCGUCUCCUCCACUGCGACCGUGGCCGCUCCAGCACCAGCAGGGCCGCACAGCGGCGGGAGCAAGUCCGUGCUCGACGAAUGAGAGAGAAAGAGGUGAGGAGGAAUAAGCAAGAGGAGAGGAUGCAUGCAAAAGCAAGAGAACAACAAGAAGUUGGAGGUGGCUGUAAUAAGGAUGAAAGAGCUACAAGAUAGGAGAAACAAGUCAGCGAUAGAGCUACAUGAUAAGAGGAAGUUGGACGUUGUUUAUCAUGUUUGGCAAUGUUCUUCUGUCUUUGAGCAAAUAAAGAGUUCACAAACAGUUGUUUUUGCCUCAAUUCGUCUAAGGCCUGUAUUUUAUCUGUCGAAUAUAUUGUUUCAGCCGGACGAUCCAUGUUCUUGCUGCUGUAUUGUAUAUGUUCA